GAGCGAGGGCGGCGGUGGUCGGAGAGGAGGCGCUGAGGGGAGGGAAGGAAAGAAGGGGAGGCAGCCAGGGGGAGAAGUCUCCCACCUCCUCCUUCCCCUUGCCGGCACCGCCUCCUCGGCGCUCCCCAGUGCCGGGGUGCCCGGGCGGGGCGGUGCUCCCGCUCCCUGCCGGGGGUCGGCGCGGCCGGAGCAGGCGGGGGACGCGGCCGGUGCCGUGCAGAGGGAAUUCCUCUGAUGCAUUUUUUCCUCCCCCAAGCCUCUCUGAAGCCAGCAAGACUGGGGUUAUGAAGUCAGUCCUAGAUGGCCUCGCAGAUACAACUUUCCGAACAAUCACAACAGAUCUUCUCUACGUGGGCUCCAACGAUAUCCACUACGAAGACAUGAAGGGUGACAUGGCAUCCAAGCUGGGAUACUACCCCCAGAAGUUCCCUCUCUCUUCCUUCAGGGGUGAUCCUUUCCAAGAAAAAAUGACUGCAGGAGAUGAUCCCCUGUUGAGCAUCAUUCCUUCAGAUCAGGUCAACAUCACAGAGUUUUACAACAAAUCCCUGUCCACAUUUAAGGAUAGCGAGGAGAACAUACAAUGUGGAGAGAACUUCAUGGAUAUGGAGUGCUUUAUGAUCCUGAACCCCAGCCAGCAGCUGGCCAUCGCCGUGCUCUCGCUCACUCUGGGCACCUUCACGGUCCUAGAGAACCUCCUCGUCCUGUGCGUCAUCCUCCACUCCCGAAGCCUCCGGUGUCGACCCUCCUACCAUUUCAUCGGCAGCCUGGCUGUGGCUGACCUGCUGGGCAGCGUGAUCUUCGUCUACAGCUUUGUGGAUUUCCAUGUUUUCCACCGGAAGGACAGCCCCAACGUCUUCUUGUUCAAACUGGGUGGAGUUACAGCCUCCUUCACCGCCUCCGUAGGUAGCCUUUUCCUGACGGCCAUAGACCGCUACAUAUCCAUACACAGGCCGCUGGCUUACAAAAGGAUUGUUACCCGACCGAAGGCUGUGGUGGCGUUCUGUGUGAUGUGGACCAUCGCUAUCGUCAUAGCCGUGCUGCCGCUGCUCGGCUGGAACUGCAAAAAGCUCAACUCCGUUUGUUCAGACAUAUUCCCUCUCAUCGACGAGACCUACCUGAUGUUCUGGAUCGGGGUCACCAGCGUCCUCUUACUGUUCAUUGUCUAUGCUUACAUGUACAUCCUGUGGAAGGCUCACAGCCACGCUGUGCGCAUGAUCCAGCGGGGCACGCAGAAAAGCAUCAUCAUUCAGUCGACGGAGGACGGUAAGGUGCAGAUCACUAGGCCCGAUCAAACUCGUAUGGACAUCAGGUUAGCCAAAACCUUGGUCCUUAUCCUAGUUGUUUUAAUCAUAUGCUGGGGCCCUCUCCUCGCCAUCAUGGUGUACGAUGUCUUUGGGAAAAUGAACAAGCUCAUCAAGACUAUCUUUGCCUUCUGUAGCAUGCUCUGUUUGCUGAAUUCAACAGUGAAUCCCAUCAUCUACGCUCUGAGGAGCAAGGACUUGCGACACGCCUUCCGCAGCAUGUUCCCCACCUGCGAAGGCACGGCGCAGCCCCUGGAUAACAGCAUGGAGUCUGACUGCCAGCACAAGCACGCCAACAACGCGGGCAACGUGCACAGGGCUGCCGAGAGCUGCAUUAAGAGCACAGUUAAGAUUGCCAAAGUUACCAUGUCCGUCUCCACGGACACGACUGCUGAAGCGUUGUAAAGGCAGAGACUUCUCAGUGUCGGGAGAAAAAAAGAGUUAGGUUAAAAAUUAAAAAAUAAAGAAAUAAUAAUAAUAAUAAUAAUAAUAAAAAAAAAUCAAAACAACAACAACAAAAAAAAAUCCACCACAGAGAAAACCAAACCCGUGGCUUAACGUGUUUGUACCUUCCCGUAAUAUUUUUGUUGUUGUUGCUGUUGUUGUUGUUGUUUUGGUUUGUCAUUGUAAGUGGAGCAAUGAUUGUAUUAAGAGCAUUACCAUCAGCGAGUUCUUCAGGUUCUACAAUUCAAGUAGAAAAUUCAAGUAGAGAAUUCACUUGAAGGUUUGUCAUUGUAAGCAGAGCAAUGAUUGUAUUAAGAGCAUUACCAUCAGCGAGUUCUUCAGGUUCUACAAUUCAAGUAGUGAAUUCAAGUAGAGAUUUCACUUGAGGUUUGUCAUUGUGAGCGGAGCAAUGAUUGUAUUAAGAGCAUUACCAUCAGCAAGUUCUUCAGGUUCUACAAUUCAAGUAGUGAAUUCAAGUAGAGAUUUCACUUGAGGUUUGUCAUUGUGAGCGGAGCAAUGAUUGUAUUAAGAGCAUUACCAUCAGCAAGUUCUUCAGGUUCUACAAUUCAAGUAGAGAAUUCACUUGAAGGUUUGUCAUUGUAAGCAGAGCAAUGAUUGUAUUAAGAGCAUUACCAUCAGUGAGUUCUUCAGGUUCUACAAUUCAAGUAGAGAAUUCAAGUAGAGAAUUCACUUGAAGGUUUGUCAUUGUAAGCAGAGCAAUGAUUGUAUUAAGAGCAUUACCAUCAGCGAGUUCUUCAGGUUCUACAAUACAAGUAGAGAAUUCAGUUGAAUCAAGAGAUUCAAGUGAAAUGUUCAGAAUUUUAGUUUGGUUGUUUUGUUGUGAGUUUGUUUGGUUUUUUUCCCCCUCAAAAAGUGUUUACUGAAUAAUAAGUGAAAGAGCACAGAGAAAAUUAACCAGGUUAGCAAGGAUUUUUUUUUUUUGG